CACACACCGGUUAGCAUUGACAACGGAAGUAAACAACAGGUGAGGCGGUGUUCAGCAAUGUCGGCUCCACUACCAGGUCCCCACUAUUCCACCCCGUCCAACAACUAUCUCUCGGGAGAUGGCCUCUCCCAUGUGUAUGAGGGGUCAGGAUAUUAUGUUCCAUCCGAGAGAGGAAACUGGAUCAAGUAUCAUGACCACAGGUCCCUGCCACGUGAAACAAAGCGUGAUGCUAUCCACAUGCAGUCACAAGACCAAUGGGUGGAGUUUAUGAGGCAGAGAGACACGCCCUCUGGUUACUAUCACAAGAACAUUGGGCUCAAGCAGACGGGCAUUCCAGCACUUAAGUUGCAGGGGUACACACGUAACCUGCCCUCCAUGCCACCUAAAGACAUAUUCCAGAAUCCCUGGCCGAAGAGCGAUGCCUGGGUACCUAUUCAGCGCGAGGGAAGGGGAGAGUACUACGGCUAUUACCACGAGGCCAUAGAUGCCGAGCGCGAGCGGAGGAGGCGGGAGUUUCCAACAAGCUGGCGGGUAGAACCCAGAGACGUGCCCAAGUUGUAGACAAUAUGUAUUAUGAUAUCCAUUUGUGAGUGUGUGUGUUAAAUAUUAGGGUAAAGAAAUCUG